AUGUCAGCGUCAACAUCAUUGUCAGCGAAAAGAAGCAGUCGGUCAACAGCAACGAAAGCACUCAUUAUUCAAGAAUAUAAAAGGCGACUCAAAGAUAACAUUAAAUCCUUGAAUGAUAACUUUGUCAAUAUCGUGUCGGCUGCUAAGAUAAACAUGGAUGAUGCAGCACAUAAAAAUCCAAUGGGAAGAAUGACCGAAUAUUAUACACUAAAGAAUGAGAUGGUUACUAGGGCAGCACUCAUGGUUCGUGCUUCUGAUGAAUUAUUGAAAUUAACACAUGAUUUAAGAGAAUUUCUUAUAUUGCAUGAUUUUAAUUUCUUAAGUUAUGCGAUUCGUUUAGCUGAGGAACAAGCAGAAAAGAAAAUCGACGAAAAUAUAUCUCGAUAUGAUGCGGCUCGCGCAGACUUAACAUCAAUUAUUGUUGAUAUUGAUAAGGAGCUAAAUGACCAUUUUUCUUUAAAACAUUGA